GAGGUCAUUCAUGUAUUCACCGCCAGUCAAAGAGCUUCAAGCACUUGUCGGUCCGGUACAAACGCAGUCUAAGAAAAAAGAAAUCUCUGACAGAUGUGAUGACUGGGUGAAAACACAGAGGAAGGUUUGUUGUGGAUCGGUUCAGGCUCAAAGACGAGGAGACGCCACAAGGAUCAUUCAAAACAUUUGUGUUUUUGGACUCUUUUUGUGGGAUUAUGGAUUCCUGCCCUACUUCACGUCUGCUGCUUGCCAGUUAGAGGCUGUGUGGUCGCUGCAGAGUUACAACACUGCUUUGGAUUUUCUCCAGCCACCGAUCUGGGGCUGAGGAGAACAGCAGCAUUAAGCACAGACUAAGGCUCCGGGCAGCUUUUUCUCUCCCUCAUUCACUGCCCUGUUACUACAGACAUGAACUGGAAAGUCGUCCUCCUUUGUGUUUGGACGGUCUACAUCACAUCACUGGUAGUGGGUCUGGAGGAAACGCAGGGAGAUGAUGAGUGUGCCGACCUCAACAACACCACAUGGAACGGGUACCGGCAGCAGAGGGUCAAACUGCAGGUCCAGUACCUGCUGCUGACAAGGACAAACAUGGACUGUGCACAAACGUUCGACAAGGAGUCUCUCACCAGGCAGCCGUCCUCCUUCAACGCCUCCCGCCCCACCAAGGUCAUUGUCCACGGAUACAGAGCCAUGGGCAGUAAGCCAUCCUGGGUGAAGGAGCUGGCCCGGGCCCUGCUCAGGGCGCAGGACGCCAACGUGCUGGUGGUGGACUGGGUCUACGGCGCCUCCUUCGCCUACAACCUGGUGGUGGAGAACUACAAGGAGGUGGCGUUGCAGAUCUCUGUCCUCAUCAACCAGCUGCAGGAACACGGAUGCAAGCUGGAGUCCUUCCACUUCAUCGGGAUCAGUCUCGGGGCCCACGUCGCUGGUUUUGUCGGGACUCUGUUUGAGGGGAAGAUAGGAAGAAUCACAGGCCUCGAUCCUGCUGGACCCAUGUUUAAAGGAGCUGACACCUUUGAUCGGUUGGACCCGUCUGAUGCUCUGUUUGUUGAUGCCAUCCACACAGACUCUGACUAUUUUGGCAUCUCCAUCCCUGUGGGUCAUGUGGACUUCUUCCUGAACGGAGGGAUGGAUCAGACAGGAUGUGCCCGCUCCAGGUUUGCCUCAAUUCUCAUCUACUCUCCAGUGUACGGUUAUGUGAUAUGUGACCAUAUGAGGGCGCUGCACGUCUACAUGAGUGCGUUGAAUGGCUCCUGCCCUCUGAGGGGGAUCCCCUGCUCCAACUAUGAGGACUUCCUGAAUGGACAGUGUGUGGACUGUGAUGUCUUCAAGGGGACGUGUCCAUCUAUAGGUUUAUCAGAAAACAGUGGGAUAGCCAUAUCUCCAAUCCCCAAAGAGCAGAAGCUGUUCCUUCUCACGACCUCUUCGCCACCUUUCUGCACUCAUCACAUCCUGCUGGAGCUGGAAGUUUCUCCACUGGAUAAAAGCGCUGAGGUGGAAGUGACGCUGAGGACUGGGAACCUGGGAACAGAGCGGAGGCUCAGGUUUCAGACGUCUACGACAGUGUACCGGACGGUGAUGGCUCAUCCCGUGGCUCUGUGUGAGAUCCACUCCAUCCAGCUGAGGAACACCGGCUCUCGGUUCUACAGGCAGGCAGACAUCCACUUCAAGUCUGUCUGUCUGUCCGGGUUCCCCUCUGUCAGACGAGAAGAUCCGUUGUGCGUGAUCAACGUCAACGUCCGACGAGGACUUCCAUGGUCUCAUGACUUUGUGCAGGUUUGUGACUCCUACUGACGGAAGGGAGAAAUCUGCUGAGUAGGACUGUGGAAUAAAAUAUAUGUAAUAAUGAAUCUAUGCUGAAGUCAGCCAUCGGGGCCAACAUGACCUCUAAUUCACCAUCUUGUCUACAAUGAGAUGUAAAUCUCUGUGGAACCACACUGAGAAGCACAUGCUGUUCUGGAUUUACUCUACUACACACUUAAAAUGCAAAUUAGUCCCACUAUUGUUCGCCUCAUCCACUGACUUCACAUUGUGACUGAGAGAAAUAAGUGAUUUCAAUCCUUAUUUCCGAUUCUGUUUUUUGUUAUUUAGCUUUGCCUCUUAGUUCCUUCCCUUCACUUGAGGUGUUCUUUGUUCCUGUUGUCUGGUUUUGUUCUGAACAUCUGUCUAACUUAUUAACUCCAGGCGACAAGACUCUGUUGUAUUUAGGGAUUCUGGCAAUAAACAAAAAAAUAAGUGGCGAUUGUUCUUUAGGGUUUCCCAGUUGAUAUUCAAAUGUUUAUUUCCCACAAUAAAACUGUAAAAAACUGUAAAUAGAAGCAUCUUCAUGAUAGUUUACGGUAAUCAAAGAUUUGAGAAGUGUAUAGCUACCGUUACAUAAAUCCAUAAAAAUACAAACAAGAUUUCGGCUCUGACGGCAAUGUGACACCAAACACAGGGCGGCUGAGGCUCAGGAGGUAGGGACCAGAAUAAUGAAGGUUCAAUCCCCAGCUCCUCUAAAUUCCAAUGUGCCCUCAAGAAACUGAACCCCAAAUUGUUCCAAAUUGUGUAAAUGGGUAAUGUUGCUUGUACUAUAAUGCGCUUUGAGUGGUCAA